UGAUUGGGGAGAAAAAUGUAUUUUAUGACAAGGCAAGUAGAUGUUUUAUGGGAAGGUGAAACAGUCUAUAACUUAACAUUCAUAUGGACGUCCACUUCACAUCACUUUCAAGAAAAUGUAAAACUUAUAUGACUGUCAUGCAAAUUUUAGAUAAACCUUGAUCAUCACAGUCAUCCAUUUGGAUUGGAAAGGAUGCAAACAUGGCCUUAGAGUGAAAAGUUAAACUGCUGCAAUACAAAAUCUAUAUGAAAUGAAAUACAUUUUAGGCCCUGCCCUUACGUCUUCUCCUGCCCUGAUGGGUGGUGUGCAAGAUUAAACAAUAUUGGAAGUCAAUAAAAGAGGAUGACAUAGCUGUAGGAUCUAAUAUCUGAGCUCAGAAAAGGGGUGAAUCAGACAAACGUCAUGUGGAUAUUUUUAGUUACCAACUUGCUCUUGCUCAUGUUCGUAUGUUACUACUUUUCCUCUGCUGUGUCCUCCCCUCUGUAUUCCUCCUCCUGCAGGUUACAGCGAGAGUUUCACCUAAAUGGGAUGCACGAGGCUGGAGAUGUGGUUCUAGGUGGACUUUUUAGAAUGCACUUUUUUUCUACUUAUCCUGAUCUGUCUUUUACUUCAGAGCCACAACAGCCUACCUGCUAUGGUUUUGAUGUUACAGGAUUCAGACAGGCCAAGACCAUGGCCUUUGCUAUUGAUGAGAUCAACAGAAACUCCAACCUGCUUCCUAAUGUGACUCUGGGAUACAGUCUGUAUGAUAACUGCGUCCAACUAGAAAUUGCAUUCCAUGCAUCGUUGUCAUUAGUCAGUGGUCAAGAGGAGCAAGUUGUAUUACGUGAGACCUGUGUAGGAAACCCUCCAGUCCUAGGUAUUGUGGGUGAUUCUUCCUCUACACGCUCUAUUGCCAUCUCCACUGCCUUAGGUUUGUACAGAGUACCUAUGGUGAGUUAUUUUGCCACAUGUUCCUGCCUGAGUGACCGUCAAAAGUUUCCAUCCUUCUUUAGGACGAUCCCAAGUGAUGCUUUCCAGGUGCGUGCUAUGAUUCAGAUUCUAAAACACUUUGGCUGGACUUGGACAGGUCUGCUGAUCAGUGAUAAUGAUUAUGGAUUCCAUGCUGCCCGAAUCUUCCAAUCUGACCUUGGUCCAUCUGGGGGAGGUUGUCUGGCCUACACAGAGAUUUUGCCCAAGGGUGACAACCCAGCUGAACUGAAGAGAAUUGUGGAUAUGAUGAAGAAAUCCACAGCUCGCGUAGUCAUUGUGUUUGCACAGGAGAGAAACAUGAUUGACCUCAUGGAAGAGGUGGUGAGGCAGAAUGUGACAGGCCUGCAGUGGAUAGCCAGUGAAGCCUGGACAGAAACUACUGUGUUCCAGACCCCCCGCCUCAUGCCGUACCUGGGUGGAACACUGGGCAUUGCCAUCCGUCGAGGAGAAAUACCAGGGCUCAGAGACUUCCUGCUACAAACACACCCUGACCUACACCACAACAACAGCUAUGGAGAUAGCAUGGUAAAUCAGUUUUGGGAAUACACAUUUCAGUGUAGAUUUGCACCACCUCCAGCAGGUUGGGUGGAAGCUGGGGGAGCAUUAUGCACUGGACAGGAAGAUCUAGAGAAUGUGGAGACUGAGGCCUUGGACAUUUCAAACCUCAGGCCAGAGUAUAAUGUGUACAAGGCUGUGUAUGCUCUGGCAUAUGCCCUUGAUGACAUGCUGCGCUGUGAGCCAGGGAGAGGGCCUUUCAGUGGGCACAGCUGUGGUAAUUUACACAAACUGGAGCCAUGGCAGAUUGUGUACUACUUGGAAAAGGUCAACUUCACCACAUCAUUUGGUGAUCAAGUGUUGUUUGAUGAGAAUGGUGAUGUCUUACCAAUCUAUGAUAUCUUGAACUGGCAGUGGCUUCCUGAUGGAAGAACUAAAGUUCAGACUGUGGGUGAUGUUAAGAAGUCAGCCUUCAAAGGAGAAGAACUCACACUUGAUGAAGACAAAAUCUUCUGGAACUUUGAAUCCAAAGAGCCGCCCUGGUCGGUGUGCAGUGAGAGCUGUCCUCCAGGUACCCGCAUGGCCAGAAAGAAGGGAGAACCUGAGUGUUGUUUUGACUGCAUCCCUUGUUCUGAGGGAAAGAUCAGCAAUAAGACUGACUCCACGGAGUGCACCAGUUGUCCAGAGGAUUUCUGGUCCAGUCCCCAGCGUGAUCACUGUGUUCCUAAGAAAACAGAGUUCCUCUCUUAUCAUGAUCCUCUGGGUAUCUUCUUGACAGCCACCUCACUGCUGGGCACAUUUAUCUGUGCUGUUGUCCUGGGCAUCUUCAUCUAUCAUCGCAGAACACCUAUAGUUCGUGCCAACAAUUCAGAACUGAGUUUCCAGCUAUUGCUGUCACUUAAGUUAUGUUUCCUAUGUUCACUGCUGUUUAUUGGCCGUCCCAAACCAUGGACAUGCCAGUUGAGACAUGCAGCAUUUGGGAUCAGCUUUGUGCUUUGUGUCUCAUGUAUCCUGGUGAAAACCAUGGUGGUUCUUGCUGUGUUCAAGGCCUCCAAGCCAGGAGGUGAAGCCAGUCUGAAAUGGUUUGGUGUCUUACAGCAGAGAGGGACAGUUCUGGUUCUUACUUCUGUUCAAGCAGUAAUCUGUACUGCUUGGCUUUUGUCUGCUUCACCAAUGCCCCAUAAAAACACCAAAUACCACAAUGACAAGAUAGUUUAUGAGUGUGUAGUUGGGUCCACAAUUGGUUUUGCAGUGUUACUUGGUUAUAUUGGUUUACUGGCUAUCCUCAGUUUCCUGUUAGCAUUCCUUGCAAGGAAUCUUCCAGACAGUUUCAAUGAAGCCAAACUUAUAACUUUCAGCAUGCUGAUCUUCUGUGCUGUGUGGGUGGCAUUUGUCCCUGCUUAUAUCAGCUCACCAGGCAAAUAUGCAGAUGCAGUGGAGGUAUUUGCCAUCCUGGCUUCCAGUUUUGGCCUUUUGGUGGCACUGUUUGGACCGAAGUGUUACAUAAUCCUACUGAGACCAGAGAGAAACACGAAGAAAGCUAUCAUGGGUAGAGACGCUGUGUCAUAAACGUGCUUAAUUUUAGACCACAUUAAUUUAUUUUCAUUAAUACACUAUGUGGAUCAUAUAUGUAAGAAUACUUAAACAAUAUCAGUUAUUCUGUUUUUUUCUAGGGUGUAACUGAAGUACAGAACACAUUCUCUUCAAAUGCUGUUUAUGAGCUUUGUGACUUUUCAUGGUGUAAGUUAACCUUACACCACAUUAAACUGUGAGUUACUUGA